UCUCCAAGCACCAUUCCCAUUCGAGUUCAGUGGAAGAAAGAAAAAUUUAACACUUGAGACGAUGCAAGGCGGAGAAGAGGUCAGCAUAGAGGAGUUAGCCUCCAAUCUCUCUACCUACAAAGAGCAGCUCCACCAGGUCAGACAACUUAUAAAUGAUGAGCCUGGAAAUCCUGAAUAUGCUGAUAUGGAAAAGGAGCUUAGAGAGGUGAUUGCUUUGACGGAAGAACUCCUGGCAACUGCAAAGCAAAAUGAAGCAUCUGGGUUGAAUGAUAAUGCAUCUGCUAGUUUGUCAAAGCCCGAGGAGAAAGUGGAAUCUGAAAGCAUAUCUGAUCAUCAGUUUCCUGUUGGCUCUAGAGUUCAGGCUGUUUGGAGUGAAGAUGGGGAAUGGUAUGAUGCAACAGUUGAGUCUCAUACGCCUAAUGGUUAUUAUGUUUCCUAUGAUGGAUGGGGUAAUAGAGAAGAGGUGGAUCCUGCCAAUAUAAGGCCAAUUCAAGAAGGUCCUGUCAAUGCAUUGUUGGAAGCUGAGAGAGUUGCAGAAGCUACAAAGGAGGCUAUCAAACGUAAAAUCGCACAAGCUGCUUCCGUUGACUUCCAAUCAUGGACUUUACCUGCAAAGCUACGCAUAGAGCCUGAUGACCCUGAGGAUGUGAGAGCUACCAAACGCAAGAAGAUGCAUGCUUUUAAGUCAAAGAUGCGGUUAGAGCAACUUGAAGUCACACAAAAUAAGAGGCAGAAUGCUUGGCAGCAGUUUCAGUCAACCAAGGGCAAAACGAAGAAGAUUGGCUUCUUCUCUGGAAGAAAGAGGGAGAGCAUUUUUAAGUCUCCGGAUGAUCCACAUGGCAAGGUUGGUGUGACUGGAAGUGGGAAAGGUUUGACAGAGUUCCAGAAGAGAGAGAAACAUUUUCACCUCAAGGGUGGGACGGUUGAGUCUGAUGAUUAGAGAUUGUGCGGCUGCUACUGGCCUGCAAUUGUAUGUACCAUCUUCAAACCUUAAUAGAGUAGAGCUUCAUGAGUGCACAUUGCCAUGACAAAGUAAAAUGCUUUGAAACUGUGGUGCAAUUCCUUAAUAUAGCCUCCUUUUUUAUUUUAUUUAAAAAGAUAUAUUAUGAUUU